AUGGAGUGCUUCUUCCCGAACGGCGCGCCGUCGUGCUGGGGCGCGCGCGAUCGCCAACCGUCGGUUCCCUCCUCCUCGGGCGCGUCCUCCUCGUCGUCGUCGUCGUCGUCCGUCUCCACGGAUUACGGCGCGUCCUCCACCGCGGAGGACGUCACCGCGGGGUUAGACCUCACCGGGCGCGUGUACGUCGUCACCGGCGGCACCGGCGCGAUCGGCGCGGAGGCGUGCCGCGUCUUGAUCUCCCGCGGCGCGUCCAUCGUCCUCGCCGCGAGAGACGCGAAGCGCGCGAACGCGACCGUGGCGUCCAUCGAGGGCGCCGCCGCGAAGGUCAUCGUCCAGACGUGCGACCUCGCGAGCAUGCGAUCCGUCCGCGCGUUCGCGGCCGCGUUCUGCGCGCUCGCGAUGCCGCUGCACGGCAUCCUGUGCGCCGCGGGGAUCGUCGCGGAGCCUCUCUUCGACCUCACCGAGGACGGCGUCGAGCGACACUUCGCGAUCAAUCAUCUCUCGCACUUUCUCCUCGUGCACGAGCUCACGAACGAGCUCGUGCGCACGGCGGCGUCGUCCGGGGUCCAAGGCCGCGUCGUCCUCGUCGCCUCCAGCGCGCAUCACUUCGCGUAUCGCGUGCGCAGAGGCGUGACGAAGCCGAGCCGCGGCAUCGACUUUGCGAACUUAAACGAACCGUUCGGCUACACCGCGCGCGGCGCGUACGGACAGAGUAAGGUGCGUUCUAUACACUGGUUCCCAUACGACCGCGUUGGCGUGGUGAACGCCGAUCCUUAAGGACUUUUGCCGGCGCGUCUCUCCGCUCAUCCCUCGCUUUCAAUCCCCGACCUCGAUGCCUUUCAACUCCACCUGACGCCUUUCAACUCCACCCUCGACCCUCAGCUCGCGAACGUGCUCCACGCGUGGCGGCUCACGGAGAGGCUGCGCGCCGCGGGCGCGAACGUCGCCGCGUUCGCGACGCACCCGGGCGCGAUGGACGCGGAGUUGAGAGCCGCGUAUCUGGAUUUCCCCGGCGGCGGGAUGGUGUUUCAGAUGAUAAAAGGCAUCGCGACGAAGACGGCGGCGCAGGCGGCGGCGACGCCGACGCUCUGUCUGGCGAG